CACUUGCCUCUGCUCCAGUGCAGCUGUAGGUCGAGAACUCAAACAGAUAAAUUACACAACCUUCACACACAGGAGCAGAUACACCACCAGAAACCUCACAAGCCGCAGCAAUGCUUUUACGCUACUUAGCGGAAUACCUUGAUUUUAAAAUCUUCCUUAUAGUAUUUUUUGUUUUUCUUCUACUUCUUGAUAUCAUCAGGAAUAGAAAUCCACCCAACUUUCCACCAGGACCGUGGCCCCUACCUUUUGUGGGAAACAUUUUCACUGAGCUUGACUUCAAAUCAAUAAACAAGCUUGCUGAGAAAUAUGGAGACGUCUUCAGCCUGCGCUGGGGCAGUGAGAAAGCUGUGUAUAUCUCUGGAUAUAAACUGGUGAAGGAGGCUCUCGUUACUAAACUGGACAACUUUGCAGACCGCCCUGCUGUCCCUCUCUUUAACAAAGUCUUUAAGGGACUUGGUGUAGUUCUCAGUAAUGGAUAUCUGUGGAAGAACCAGAGGAAGUUUGUCUUCACACAUCUACGCUCCUUUGGUGAAGGGAAGAAGACUCUGGAGCUGAGUAUCCAGCAGGAGAGCAUCUUUCUGUGUGAUGCUUUCAAAGCAGAACAGGGUCCUUUUGAUCCCCAGAUUUAUCUGAACAACGCAGUCUCCAACAUCAUCUCUGCACUAGUUUUCGGCCAUCGCUUUGAAUACCAUGAUGAGAAUUUCCAGAAUGUUUUGCGUUUGGAUAUUGAAGCUGUCAUUUUAGCAGGCUUGUCCCAAACUCAGCUGUAUAAUGCCUUCCCUGGCCUUUUUAAUUACCUUCCUGGCCCUCAUCAGAAGAUGUUUUCAAACUACGCAAAAAUAAUUGAAUUCUUAAAUGAAGAAAUAAGGAAACAUAAGGAGGAUUGGGAUCCCUCAAAUCCUCGUGAUUACAUUGACAGUUUCCUUCAAGAAAUGGAAAAGAGAAAGAGUGAUCCACAAGCUGGAUUUAACAUCGAUACAUUAGUGAUUGCAAUGCUGGACUUGUUUGAAGCAGGGACAGAAUCCUCGGCCACUACAAUGCGCUGGGGUCUUCUUUUGAUGAUGAAGUACCCUGAGAUACAGAAAAAGGUCCAGGCAGAAAUCGACAAAGUGAUUGGACAGUCACGCCAAGCCAGCAUGGCCGACAAACCCAACAUGCCCUACACUGAAGCUGUUAUUCAUGAGAUUCAAAGGUUGGGCAACAUUGUGCCUCUGGGUUUCCCAAAGAUGGCCACUAAAGAUACUGUACUGGGUGGAUUCUUCAUACCAAAGGGCACAUCUGUGACUACAAACCUGUCGUCUGUGCUUAAUGACAAGAACGACUGGGAAACACCAGACAGGUUUAACCCAGGACACUUCCUGGAUGAUCAGGGCCAGUUCCUGAAGAAGGAUGCUUUCCUGCCCUUUUCAGCAGGGAAGAGAGCAUGUGUAGGGGAGCAGCUGGCUCGUAUGGAGCUCUUUCUCUUCUUCACCUCUUUGUUGCAGAGCUUCAGGAUCUCCCCUUGUCCUGGAGAAGAGCUGAGCUUGGAGGGUCAGAUAGGCUUCACAUACGCACCCAAACCCUACCGCAUGUGUAAUCCUCGGACCAAGAUAGCUAUGAUUUUUUAUUUUUUAUACGAGCUGUUCACUUUUAACGAAUGGCUGAUUUUCACCGCACUUCUCUUGCUGUUUAUUUACAUUAUUCGGAACAAACAUUCACCUAACUCUCCUCCAGGACCAGUGCCUUUGCCUUUCCUGGGAAAUGUCUUUACAGGAAGUGACUAUAUGACUAUGAAUAAGUUAUCAGAAAAGUAUGGGAAUAUUUUCAGUCUCAGGAGAGGUCUUACCAAUAUUGUGUAUGUUUCUGGAUAUAAGGCGGUGAAAGAAGCCCUUGUCUCAGACAGCUUUGCUCGUUGUGUUACACCAUUAUUUGAUGAUAUUUACAAAGGCAGAGGUCUGUCAUUUACCAAUGGCUACUCAUGGAGAAAGCACCAACAAUUUUCUGUUAGUUUCUUCAAGAACUUUGGAGAGAGCAGAGAGACACUACAACACAAAAUCCAACAGGAAUGCUACUUCCUGUGUGAAGCAUUCGAACAGGAACAGGGCUGUUCAUUUGACCCUCUCAUCAAAAUCAAUAAUGCAGUAGCCAAUGUGAUUGGCAGCCUGGUAUUUGGGCAACGCUACGAGUAUAAUGACCUUCAAUUUCAGAAACUUCUUCGCAUGAGUGCAGAGUCAGUGCAUCUCACUGGAUCUGUGUGGAAUGAGCUCUAUGAUGCAUAUCCAAGCAUAAUGAAAAUCGUACCAGGACCUCAUCACACUAUAAUAGCAAACUAUCGCAGACUGGCAGCUUUCCUGGCAGAGAAGAUUGAGAAACACAAACAGGACCAGGACCCGAAUGAGCCGAAAGAUUAUAUCCACUCUUACUUGGCAGAAAUUGAGAAUAGGAAGAAUGACAAGGAGGUCCAGUUUAACACCGAGAACUUGGAAUGGUGCAUAGUGGACCUGUUUGAAGGAGGAACAGAGACAACAACUAACACCCUCCGCUGGGCUCUGCUUUACGUGAUAAAAUAUCCACUGAUACAGGAGAAAGUCCAGGAAGAGAUUGAAUGUGUGAUUGGAAAGACACGCUUCCCCACUAUGGCCGACAAAGCCAACAUGCCCUACACCAAUGCUGUUCUUCAUGAAGUGCAGAGGAAAGGUGAUAUUGUCCCACUGAAUAUGGCCAGAGUGGCCACAAAAGACGCUGCACUAGGGGGAUAUUCAGUACCAAAGGGAACUGUAAUGAUUACCAACAUCUCUUCUGUGCUGAAUGAUGAAAAGGAGUGGGAAACACCAGACACCUUCAACCCAGAGCACUUUCUGGACUCAGAGGGACAGUUCCGAAGGAGAGAUGCGUUCAUUCCCUUCUCUGCAGGUAAGAGGAUGUGUCCUGGCGAGUACCUGGCUCGUGUGGAACUGUUCCUUCUCUUCACCUGCCUCCUGCAGAAAUUUACCUUUAGCCCUCCACCUGGAGAAGAGCCCAGUCUGGAGUUUCAGCUCGGAUUCACUAAGGUCCCCAUGCCAUAUAAGUUGUGCGCCUCCCUGAGAUAAAUUUAUGUUUCUGACAG